UGCUCAUAUUUUAAUAACCAUGAUAUCAUUAUUAUAAUAAAAAAAACUUAUAUACUUAGCUUUAUAUGCUUAAGAUGCUUAUUCCCAAUUAAAUCAAGACAUGUAUGCCAUUCACCACGGUAGAGGCAUGGUGCGUUGCGGUAGAUGAGCCCUGAAUUUUCUAUCUCUGUCACACGAGACAAACAAAAGAAGCAAGAAAGCAAAAUUUGAGGGAGCACUUUUUAUCUCUUCUAGGGCUUGGCUUCAACAUCAUUUUGGGAGCAUUUGGAGCUUGAUUCUUGUUAGAACCAGAUACCCAUUGUCGAAUCUCCUUUCCCAAGCAUCGAGUCCACAUUUCCGGCCAAACCCUACCAUAUUUCGCCGUUGGAAUGCCGUCGCAAGCCUUUAUUGCCAUUUUGUCUUCCAUCUUGUGGUGUGCGAACACUUGCUUGGUUCGUGAUUCAUCUCCAUUCAACCGUGUACGUGCGUGGGUUGGCAAACAAAAAAAGGUAAAUGGCUACUGAGCAUGACCAUCUUGACACUGGCUCUAGAUCCAGUAGUCCGAGUAGGCAGCAUGAUGACCCGACUAAGAAAAAGGCUGACCUUGAUAGGCAGGAAGAACAAUUGAGGAGAGGGUUGGUUGUGAUGGAGGAAGUCACUAAAGCAAGAAAUGAAAGAAGAAAAUUUACUGUCAAGUGGAACAAUAAGAAUCAAGUAGUUGAUAGUCAUAACUUCAUCAGUUAUAUUGGUGUGGCAGCGAAGUCCUCAGUGCCUAUUACUUUAAAAUCUUAGAAGAAUGCAACUCCAGUAAUGAAGGAUGCAGUGUGGAGAACUUUAACAUCAGGAUUUGAGAUCGAGGAAAGGCGCAAGAAGUUUGUUCUACGAAAAGCUGGGAUAGCCUUAAGAUCUUUUAGAAGUUUUGUUACCCGUAAAUUUUUGACGAACCCUGACAUGGAGGGUAUCGAAGAUACAGUUCCUUCCCUCAUUUCGACAAUUGUGAGUGAGGAUGAAUGGAAAGCUUUUGUCAACUCACGUCGCAGUCCAGAGUUCAAGGCAUUAAGCACCAAAAAUAAAGAGUUGGCGAAAAAGAAUAAAUAUACAUAUAAGGCUGGACGCAAGGGAUAUGCGGGAGUUAAAAAGAGUUUGAUUAAGAAAGAGCAAGCGUCAGAGGGUUCUAUAUCCCGUGGCAGGAUUUGGGCCGAGGCUCGAAAAAAUAAAGCAGGAAAUAUUGACAACCCAAAAACAAAAGUGGUUGUUGAAACAAUAGAGACUUUGACUCAGGAGGCAUUAGCAGGCACUUCAAACUGUUGAUGAGGAUAUAUUGGAGAAGGCAUUGGGGAAUACUGACCAUCCUGGUCAUGUUCGGGGCGUUGGCUUUGGAGUCACAAGAAAAGAUUACUUUGGCGAUGCGUUCAAGCAUAGUAAAAGGGCUGCUUCUUCUACUGAGGUUUAAGAGUUGAGGUAAGAGCUAGCGGAACAGAAGCAGCAGAUACUAGCACAAUCACAACAGAUACAAGAACAAUCUAGACUCAUCGACUUGCUGUUGAGCCGGCAUAAGUUGGGGCUUCCACUGGGCGACAGUAGCCCUAGUGUGAAUGAUAGUUGCACAGUCCCAUCUCAACUCCUACCUGAGGGUGAGGCCGACGUUGAUUGUUUGGCAGAAGACAGCCAUGUGGUUGCACUAGGGCGCAUGUAUAACAUUGCUGGGCAAGUAAUGCUUCACAAUGAACACAUCCCUGAAGGGACAGUGAAAGUCUCUUUGAAGACAGUUAAGGAUCCUAAUUAUGAUCUACCCUACCCCACUCCGAAUGCAAGGACAGUAGUAGUUGCAUUGCUCAGCUUUGUGCAUGGCCGAUUCGUCUUCUUCGUAUUUCGGCACCAUCUCCAAUGCCUGUUGAUAAGCCGGUGGGAAAGAAAGCACCAAAGGCUAUGAAAGCAUUCACUACUAAGCAGAAGAGGGAAAAGGAUAAGAAGAGCUCUGACAAGUUUAAUGAAUCCAUCACAUUUCCCCAGAAGACACUGGUUCUCCGUCAAGCCCAUCUGCCUAAAACCCCUCAGCCUCAAGCCUCUAAAAGUCAAGUCGCACCCAAUAAAAAUCGACAAUUGCUUAAGACCUAUGCCGAGAUGCAAGAAGGAGCGCUGCUCCCUUUCCCUACAGACAUGUAUGCUAAUCCAUAGUCUUUUAACCAAGUCAACAAUGAGGUGUUGCAUGAUUUAUUCAACCAUGCAGAGGCUACCACUACUCUAUGUAACUUAUAUAUGAGGAACCUCUACACUACCAUGCUUGCUGGAAGAGAUAUAGCACGAAGGAUUAUAUUUAUCAGUCCUCAUAUGGUCUCUCCUUAUGGCCAUGACAUAAUGAGUCCUAAGCAAGGACUAGAAAUAUCUCAGAAGCUUUCAAAGUACUUCCAUCAACAUGGUGCCGACAAGAACACAAUAUUUAUAGCACCUUAUUGUGAAGGGGGACACCGGAUGUUGCUUGUGAUCAAUCCAACUUUAGGGAGGGUGUGGUACCUUGACCCUAUUCGGAGUGGCCAUCCGUCUAACAGACCACAUAUUGUAGAAAUGAUUAAUCAGGCUAUUGUCAUGUACCGCACUGAUGUUGAUCAACAAUUUCGACAACUAGUAAAGGGCAGCGAUUGGUUUGAUACAGCAACAUCAUGGACAGUUGUCAAGUGCCCAGAGCAAGCAGACAAAGUCAGGGAUUAUGGGUACGCUGUCAUGAAAUUCAUGAAGGACAUAAUCCAACAUGCUCCAACCGGAAUUCUUCCGAAUGAUUACUACGAGGACACAUAUUGUGACACGUAUACUCAUGCUCAAAUGGAAGAAGUCCUUGAAGAGUUAGCACACAGUAUUUUUGAAGCAUGGUUUAUUUCAACAGCCAGCAGCAGUGACAGUUAGGAAACUUAGGCAAAUUUUGGAAUU